AUGAAGUCGUUACAGCUCUUCUUUGGUGCCCUCUUCCUCAUCCACGGAGUGUGGUCGCAGUUUACUGUACCGCCCGACACAACAGCCGACCCCAACACGAUCAAGACGUGCACGUGGUGGCAUGUGGCAGAGAGCAGCGACUCGUGCGCGAGUAUUGUUUCCAGCUACGGGAUCACGAGCGAGCAGUUCGCGAGAUGGAAUCCGUCCGUUGCGACGGCCUGCAAGCUCACUGCGGGCAACUCGUACUGCAUUGAGAACAACUUUGGCCAGGAUGAACCGCCACAGCCGUCCACGUCGUCGCCAACGCUGAUUGGCACUACCACGGUAUCUACCACAGCCUCCCCCACAACUGGCAACGGUAUCUCCACGCCCACACCUAUCCAGGAGGGCAUGGUAGGUAACUGCAACAAAUUCCAUUUUGUUCAGUCAGGCCAGGGAUGUACCACGAUUGGGUCCACCUACGGCGUCUCGCUCGCGCAGUUGGUAGCCUGGAAUCCCGCCAUUGGCUCCCAAUGCACGGGGCUUUGGGCGAAUACGUAUCUUUGUGUUGGUGUCGUCGGAUCGAGCACCACCUUGACGACGACAACGAAGGCGGCCACGACAACGAGCAGUGGGAACGGCAUUACGACUCCAACGCCGACGCAAGCUGGCAUGGUGAGCAAUUGUGACCGCUUCCACCUAGUCAAGUCUGGUGACCAAUGUGGCACCAUCGCGUCGACGUACGGCAUCACGCUGGCCAACUUCUAUGGCUGGAACCCAGCCGUGGGGACCAGUUGUGAGUCGCUGUGGCUCGAUACAUAUGUGUGUGUGCGGACGAUUGGGUUCGUGCCACCCAAAACGACGACGACGACGACGACGACGACAAAGAAGACGACUACCACUAGUGCGGGAGGUGUAGCAACGCCGACUCCGACCCAGCCCGGAAUGGUCAGUGGCUGUAAGAAGUUCCACAAGGUUGCCUCGGGAGAUCAAUGCGGGACCAUCGCAACGCGGUAUAGCAUCUCGCUGGCCAGCUUUUAUAGCUGGAAUCCGGCCGUGGGAAGCAGUUGCCAAACCCUCUGGCUAGAUUACUAUGUCUGUGUUGGUCGUUAA